AAAGUCAACCAUUUUCCUGGCAUGUCAGAAAUAUGCCGCAAAGACCUACUGGCACGAAACCUUAACCGCAUGCUCAAAUUCUUUCCAAAAGACUAUAACUUCUUUCCAAAAACCUGGUGUCUUCCAGCUGAUCUCGGUGAAGUUUUGGCGUAUUCACGGUGUCAUCGGAACCGGACUUUUAUCCUGAAACCUGACAUCGGCUGUCGGGGUCGGGGGAUCUUCCUUACCAAGAACCUCAAGGAUGUCAAACCUUUUGAGAGGAUGAUCUGCCAAGUUUAUAUAUCUAAGCCAUUUUUGGUGGAUGGAUUCAAGUUUGACAUGAGGGUGUACACUCUGAUCUCUUCCGUUGACCCUCUGCGUAUAUAUGUUUACAACGAUGGUCUGGCCAGGUUCGCAACUAGCCGCUACUGCGAGCCUGCGCCCCACAAUAUUACCAACAUGUACAUGCACCUUACCAACUAUUCAGUGAACAAACACAGCCGAACGUACAUUGUGGAUGAAGAGGCUGGUAGUAAAAGGCGCAUCUCCACUCUGAACAACUGGUUGGAGAAGAAGCACUACAAUGUAGAGCAGAUCUGGGCGAGCAUCGAUGACAUCAUCAUCAAGACUGUGAUAGCUGGACACCCGACCUUGAAACACUCAUACCAUGCAUGCUUCCCCUGCCACGACUUCACCUUCGCCUGCUUCGAGAUUCUUGGGUUCGACAUCAUACUUGAUUACAAGCUCAAGCCACACCUGUUGGAGGUGAACCACUCUCCCAGCUACCACACGGAUGCGGAGCUGGACAGAGAUGUAAAGGAGAGCCUACUCAAGGAUACGUUCACCAUCCUGAACCUGACACGCUGUGAUAGGAAGCGAGUGAUGGAGGAGGAUCGGCAGAGAGUUCGAGAGAGACUCAUGCAGGCAAUUGUGACAAAGCCUCAAAUGCCUGAUAUGAAUGAUACGGCCAGCACUUUAGAUGCCCUCACAAGCCAAAUCAAGUGGGAGGAGAGUCACCUGGGCAACUACCGCCAGAUCUACCCCUCAGAUAGGGAUUCCAAGUAUCAGCUGUUCUUCACACAAACCCAGAGCUCUCUGUUCCAGGAGACAUUUGCGUCCCGUGCACGCGAAGAAGCUGGCCGCCUUCACCGUGAGGAGUUUGAGAUGAAGCUUCGAGGUGAAGCCAAUUUGCGGAUCGGCAACAGAUACAAACAGCCACAUCCUGAAUCUCCGCUCACUAAACCUAGGAUCAAGAAACUGCCUUCGAGGAAGAAAGAUUCAUCCAACUCGUUUGAACCUGUGCCAAUUGUUGAAGCCGAGGAGAAGGAGAGGGUAGCCCUCAUGGCCCAGAGAGAUUUUCUCAUUCGUAGUUUCCGAGUUGUAGACCAGGUUGCCUCGGUGUUGAAGAAAAUGUCUAACGAGAAGAUCAAAGUUGGCGAAACGAAGAGCGAAACCAAACCACAACCACCUCCUCCACCUAUGCCACCGAAGAAGCUGUGUUCUCUCCCGAAUACCACCUGUACAGAGCCUUUGAAUAAAACUGUUCAGAAACUGCCACCGAAAGAAAACCAAACAAAUUGUCAAUCUGUUAAAGGAACCGUAAUUGAACCUCCGACUACAUUGCAAGCAGCCAGUAAGGCGGAAGCGUACUUCAAUGAUCGAUGGCACACACCGAAAACUCUUAGUGCCAAAACCUCUUCCUCUGUCUUCCCGAACAAAAUGGCUCUGGAUCCUCCUGUACCCGGGUUACAAGUGAUGUGUAAUGAAGCAACAAUACGGGUGCGACCAGAUCUGCCUGCGUCUGCGCAGUGGCCCACGCUCGGUGCCAAGAGUACCAAGGCGCACAUCGCUCGGCACUUCUCCAACACCGUCAAGAUUCACGGGCUCGAGCGGCGACUCAGCAGUGAAAAGUUCAUCUCCUUUCAUUGAAUAUUUGCUCAAUGUUCAGCCUUGCUCAUCAAAGACUCUGUACGGUUUUUUGUUUCUAUGUGAAUUUUAGUAUUGUAUUGUUGAAAUUAAAGAAUAUACAGUUUUGCA